UUUUUCCAUGCAAGCAUUUGAGAGCUGUAUUGAAAGUGAAUAUCUUUUUUUCUACCAGACAGUUUAUUAUAGACUGCCUUUCUUAAUGUCAAGUCAUGGUUCACUCACACUAAAGGUGGAGUGAGAGAAGAAAAUAUAUUGUCAACUAUUUGAUGGGCUUCUAGGCUGGAUUAUAUAGACUGUCAAUCAUGUAUGGCUCAGUUGCAUGGACUUAGAUACAGAGGGUAUCGCAAAAAAAUAUCACAAACUUAAUUGACAGCCUGCCAGGUUUUAUUAACUGCUCUCAGUCCUCAGCGAGUCAAGGAUCAAGGGCAAGGGGGCAUGAAAAGUGAAAAUACAUAGUAAACUUUAAACCACAGCGAGGCUGUAGAAAGGACCGUGCAAAGGUAAAGUAGGACCACUGAAUCAUUCUCUCAGUUUGCCCAGAGAACUGCGUGAAAAGCGAACAUGGACUGAACUCUGUGGAGUAUUUGAACCAGAUAACAUUACUGGAGGGCAGAGCUUAAGUAGGUGACUUCUUGAGAAUCUGACAGUUCGGGAUUAAUGUUAUUUGUACUGGAGACUGAAGCAAGUGAAAAAGCAAAUUUGUGUGUUUUAUUUCUCAAGGAAAGCCAUGUUAUAAAUGGUGGUUGACAGAUCCCUAUGGUCGUGGAUUGUUGACAAGACUUAAGGUUGAGAUUGUUGAUCGAGAGAUGCCUAUCACACCGUGCCCUAAGAAUAGGAAAAAGUAUGAGGAGGACACAGACUUGUAUACAACGUGCAAAUAGCCAAUUGACUGUCCAAAAGAUUGAGAUUUUUGUCUACUAAAUUUGAUAAUAACAGGUAACCAUUCAUUGCUCUGUAAGGAAUUAUUGUGGUUGACAUUAAGAUAUGGUCCCCAGCCUCAUAACAGCCAUAGAUUAUCUGAGCUUCACUGAGGGAGAAGUUUCAAGGUCUUUUCAUCACAUUGACAGGAAAUACCUGCGGAUGGCAGGUGUCACUAACCCAGGUACAGUUAAAAGUUGGGACAGGACUUCAUUCCUUCUCUUAACUGUAGACGGAAGUUCAUUCAGAAACUAGACUUUUGUGUCAUUUUAAAAAAACGGGUAAGAUAAAGUAAGAUCUACAGGUCAACUGAACAGUCAGUAAAGUCACCUGUAAAUGAAAACCGAAAUUGUGUGUCAUCAUUCUAUAGAUAGCCUGCCACCUGUGCUAGAUACAGUCAAAUCAGCUGGAAUAUAGGACCUUUGGAAAUCAACUACGGAACACAUUGGGUAUUCUUUCUCCUGAUGACAACUUACUGAUGUUUUAUGUGGAAUAAGAUCCAGAUUUCAUCCCACCUGAUAUAAACUGAAAUUUUUGGAUCGCAUCGGCCACCUGACGGGAUACCCCAGGAGUGGAAUAGAUACUGCCUUGACAAGAACAACUGAUCCCAAUUAUUGGAAAUUCCUAGUCGUCUUUCUGAAUUGAUAUUUUACUAAUGAGUCAUAAAAGGCUCAGGGUCAAGUCAAGACUGGAUAGUCACAUAAGUCAAUGCUAAAGAACAUAUUGGAAUUUUCAGCUUGAUUUUUUUGUGUUGUCUCUCUUUGCAUGAGGCAGAAGUCUGUCGGUCACCUCUCAAAAACUGGGAUGAAUGCCCAGCUUGGGGUCAUCUGAGCUCACUGGACAAGACGGACACUAGGAUCCAGCCACAGCAACAGUUUGGAUAUCCACAUUGUUUCAUAGGUCACUGCAAUUGACAGACAGGACUCCGAUUAAAUUCACUGGAAAAUAACUCGUUAGUUCUUUCUGGAAGAAGGUGGAAAAGUUAAUAGACAGAGAGAUUGUUGGCUUAGAUCCUAAGGUCAGCUCCACAGGUUUAAAGGGUCAUGUAUGUUACUGAAGGUGACAUAUUAUAUUAAGCAUAGAAGCCGGAGUCAUAAGGGUAUUCCUUUAAGAGACGUCUUAACACCUGUAACCGGUACAGUGACAUGAUUGAGGAGACACUGGGGCACAUUAAGUUUACAGAAGACUCAAAGACCUCCACAGAAUCUUGAUGGUAAUUAUGGAUCAGAAGUGAAACAUUUUGAUGAUUGUCAUUGCUUGUCAUGGAUGAUGGCUUACAAUUGAGGAAAAAUGACUAGGAUCAGGAUUAAGACAGCUUAGGAAAUACUGGAACGUCUUACCCUAAGUACAGCCUUACUUACACCGGAGAAUACAGUACAAAGACUCGGGAUAAAUUCCAUAGAACAGAAUGAUAUUCACAAACAGAUACGCUUCAUUUUUUGAGAGGUCAAAUCUGCUGAGACCAGAUGCCAGAUCCCUGAGUAGCAUCCGCAUCAUGGAGCCGCAGUCGCAGGCUGCCGGAGACCUGUGUGCGGCAUGUCACAUGCCUUUCGACACUGGGAAGAAACGAAGGCUCAUAGACACGUGCGGACACGAGAGAUGUUACAUGUGCAUGUUCAGCAGUGAUGAGUGUCCACUGUGUGAGGGAGAAAUGUACUCCUCCAUGCCACACAAUCUGAAUGCCAACCACAUCAGACAGACCAGCGACACAGCCCUCCUGUCGUCUCACCGGCCAAAGCUGAAGACCAAUGGUCACUAUGCUGCCCACAUGCAUCUCAAACUGGACAACAACCACUUCCCACUUACAGAGAUGGCCACGCAGACCACACCAAAACCUUUCUACAUGCUCAGUGAUGCACCUCUGGCCAAUGGCACUCCACCGGUCCCACGGCGGAAACCAAAAUUCUUCAGUACGCCAUUGUCUGUUGCACCUCCUCCUGUUCCACCUCCACCAUUAAACUACUCCAGCAAUGAGAAUCUCAACAGCACCGCAGAAACUAGCAGGAGUGCACUGUCUGUGACAGUCACAUCUCUAGAUACGUCAGAUGAAUCUCAUGAGCAGCUGGAUAACCGGAUAAUACAAGUGGAUAACCAGCGGAUAAGGGAAGUUCGACCCAAGGAAAAGAAAGUAGACAAGAAAGUGGAAAAAAAGGAGAAUAAUGCAGUGAAAAAUUUAGCAGUCAAAGAAGGACACACAAAUGAGACGGAGAGCCCCCCUCCCCCUCCGCCGGCCGUAGCCCAAAAUGACCUGAUGAUGAGGUUAGGCUUGUUGCUAGGCAACAGAGAGGUGGAAACACAGCAGUCGGCCAUUCAGACAGAGGACACUUUCACCAGUGUCUCCUCAUUGGCCAGCAGUGGAGCAGCGACUCCGGACCUCGAGAAGUUCUCCGACACCAGUCCCAUGUCUACAUUGACAGGUGUGGCCACAAAACGAUUAGACUCCCUGGCAUUUCACUCUGAUUCAAUGGAAAAUGUUGUCUCACAGGAUGUAGACACAGGAAUUCAAGCUGAAAUGACAGUUUUGGAUCAGUUACAAUCUCUGAUGUACCUUUUAACUCAGGGCACCCUGUGUUUCAGAUCACUGAUUAUUCUUAUGAUUUUGUAUACUGUGCCAUGGACAACUCUUGGACACCCAAGUUGUAAUGAGGAGACUGUCAGCAGCCCAGCAGGAUGCCACCUGAGUGAGCAAAGCACAGCUAUUAAGAGAAGCCCUGCUGAUGGACUGAGACUGGCUGAUCAUGAUGAUUAA